AUGUCUGAGAACAGCAGUGAGCAGCAGCGCAUUCUAAAGGGCAACGACGCCAUCCGGCUGAACCUGACCACGGCCCUGGUGCAGACGCUGGUCUGGCCCUUCGUCUACGUCAACCUCUUCAUGUACUACACCUACCGCAAGAAGCCGGCCUUAGUGGCCGAGCCGCGCUACGUCUUCUUCGCCCAGACCCUGCUGGCCGACUCGGCCCUCUUCGUCCUCACCGACUUUGUGGUGGUCACCAUCCACGUGCACCUGCUGCUGCCCCUGCCCUUCUGCAUCCCCAUGGCCAUGACCAUCCACGCGCUGGCCCUGGUCUCGCCCACCCUCAUCACCACCAUGUGCCUGGAGCGCUACGUGGCCAUCUGCUUCCCGCUGCGCCACGUGGACAUCUUCACGCCCACCCGCACCGCGUUCAUCUCGGGCGGCAUCUGGUUCGUCAACUUCCUGCGACCCUUGGUGGACGUGUGCAUCAUGCUGACCACCAUGCCCGAGGGCUACCUGCGCAGCCUCAACUUCUGCUACUACGAGAUCCUGGUGGUGGCCCGGUGGCACGUGGAGAUGCGGGGCAACCUGUUCAUCCUGAACUACCUGGUGCUGCUGGCCAUCUUGUUCUUCUGCUACGUGUCCAUCAUCCGCGUGGCCCGGAGGGCCUCGGGCGCCGACCGGCAGGCGGCCUCCAAGGGCCAGAGGACGCUGCUGCUGCACCUGCUGCAGCUCUUCAUGUGCACCCUGGAGGUCUUCUGUCCGUACGUCGAGGCCCGGCUCCUGCGCAUCAACAUAGACCUGUUCAUCUCGGUGCGCUAUUUCAAUUUCUUGGCCUUCACCAUUCUGUCCAGGGCCAUCACGCCGCUCAUCUAUGGCGUGAGAGAUGAGAAGUUUCACGCCGCCAUGAAAGAGUUUAUGGUGCAUAAAAGGAGUAAAAUUCAUUCUGGUCAAUGA